AUCAACCACACACUCUGCCCAACAAUUUUACGCGGUUAGGAGGCAAUGAGGCAUCGACGACAUUAGUGUUUUGUAACGGAAUUUUCGACUCUACUUACUGCUGAGCGAGCACGACCGUAUCCCACUCUUACGUAGUCACUGCCGUCGCCCGUCGAUUUCGUGGUUUUUUGUUCGCCGGAACCAACUUGGCCGUUGGAUCAUUGGUUUUUAUGUUGAAUUGUUCGAAACAAACAUAAAAAUGGGCUUGGAACGUAAAAGAAAGUCGAUUAAUGCUGUUCAAAGCACUGAUAAAAAAAGAAAAAGCAUAAUAGAAAAAAAGUCUUCAUCGUCGUCUUCCUCUUCUUCUGAUGAUUCUGAUGAGCAGUCUGAUCAUGAUAAUGGAUUAAAUAAUGAAGUAAAAAAUGACAAUCCUGCUAUCAGCCGUUGGCCUCAAGAUGACAUUCAAAAGCUGUUAUCUAAAAUGGAGUCAGUACUUCCUAAGAGUGACAAUACAACAUUUCGAAGUCGAUUCGCGAAACUAGACUGGGAUAAAGUUCAAUUUGAUAACUAUAGUAAAGAAGAAUGUCAAUCUACUUGGUUAGCAAUUCAAGAUCAGCUCAGGACAUUUAAAACUAUAGGUGAUCUUAUUCAUGAUGCUAGAAAUUUAUUGGAAACUAAGGGCAUUGAUACAUAUCGUUCAAAAACAAAUCGGUUACAAAAACCUAGAUCUGCAUAUAUGUUAUUUUACACAGAACAACUACAAAAAUACAAGAAAAAACAUCCAGAUUUAAAAUUGCCACAGUUGACACAAAUCAUUGCUGAGAAGUAUAAUAAAUUAUCUCCCGACAAAAAACAAACAUUUCUUGAUAGAGCAAUAAAAUUAAAGACUGAAUAUAUUGAAAUGGUUGAUAAAACAAGUGUAGGUUUCAAAUCUAAGGAUUCAAAUAAACCGAAAACUCCAUUUCAAAUUUUUAUGGAAUCUAAAUCUACAGAUUUAGAAUCUGCUAAUGUUGAUAAAGCUGAUAUUCAAAACAAAUUAAAAGAAAAGUGGGAAGGUAUGUCAGAAAAGAAAAAAUCUAAAUGGAUUAAAUUGGCAAACGAACGAGAACAGACGUAUUUAAACAAUCUAAAAGAAGACCACAAAAAUGAUCCUGCUUUCACUAUGCCUACAAAAAGUGCAUUGACCAAAGGUGAUAGAAAUAUUUUGGAUUCUCAAUCAGGCAAGCCAAAAAAACCCCCAGUUAAUAAUUAUGGUCUUUUCUCUAAAGAAAUGUUGCAAAGUGAUGCAUUAGCUGGUGUUCCUCCUAAAGAGAGAAUGACAGAGUUGGCAAAGAAAUGGAAAGCUUUUUCUGAUGAAGAGCGACAAAUUUAUUCAGAUAAGUUGAAAGUUAUAACCGAGCGAUAUAAAACUGAAUUUGAAGCAUAUUUAAAUACACUACCAGAAGAUGAAAAACAAAUAGAAAUGUCUAAAAACAAAACAAAACCUAAGAAACCUGAAUCAAAAGUUGUACCUAGGAUUAAUGCUAGAGAAGUAAUCUCAGAAAAACCCACAGAAAAACCUAAAAAAAAAAGUACUUCAACAUAUAACGCGAAAACUAAAACAUUCAAAAAUGAACCACAACAAUUACCUUAUAAAAAUGCAUUUGAAUUAUACAGAAGUAAAUUAGGAGCAAAUGAUAAACAUCCAAUUGCAAGUUUAGAAGAUUGGAAGAAAAAAAAUGGACGAAAACAAACAUUGUUUGAAAAUGAACUUAAAACCCUUAAAAAAGAGUAUAUGAAAAGUUUGAAAGUAUUUUUAAGAUCCCUUUCUGAAGAGGAUUUGCAAUUGUAUCUAAAAUUGAGAAAACCUGAAUUUUUAACUGACAAAAAUGAUUCUAGUGCAUCAGAGGAUGAAGGCAAUUCUUCAUCUGAAGAAGAAGAAGACGAUGAUGAUGAUGAUGAUAAUGAUGAUUCAGAGUAAAACAAAAACAUUUAUUUUCAUUUUUAUUUCAAUAUUAAUACCUCUUGUUUAAUUAUUUUAAGAUAUUAGUUACAUUGUAUAAGUUAAUUUUAUUCCCGUUUAACCCAUUUAAUUUGAAUUUUUGAUUGCUGUAACAAUUUUUUGCAUCUUUUUAGAUAUUAUCCAUUCAUAAAAGGCAAUUAUGUUAAAUAGUAUACUUGCAAUUUAAUCAACAUUGAUUGUUACUUUUAUUUUUCUAAUUAAGUUAAACCUAUUUUAUUAAAUAAUGAUGAGUAACUAUAAUAUUAUAUAACUUUUAUUUAUUUUUGAAUUUAUGAUAUAUUUUGUUAAAUCAACUUUAUUGGGUUUUUAAGUAUAAUUAUUUCUACAUGUUUUUUUUUAUGUUUUCAUGAAAUAAAGUUAAAAUUAAUAUAUUAUAUUUUGAAAUAUAAUUAAAAUUUGAAAAUAGUUUGUAAAAUAAUAAAGGGUUCUAAUAAUAUUAUUUUGUUCAAUAUAAUAAUUAUAUUAAUAUUAUAGUUGUAUAUUAUUCUUUUCGAUUCUUUUAAACAGAUUCAAAUGCAUUUUGAGAUAUUAAAAUAAUUUAUGUUGAAAUCUCAUUCGUAAAAAAAUAAUACAUUUUGUUAUGGGAAUGUAGGAUAGUUUUAUAAUAAUUAGUAAUUAUUGUAUUCAUCAAUGAAUCAAUGGAAGGUUAUAAUUAGACCAUUAGUUUGUAACCUAUGCUUAAGACAAAAUAAUGUUAUACUUGACAAACAAAUAUAUUUUUUCUUAAUAAAAGUAUUUAAAUAUCUUUA